CAUUGUGGAUACGUUAAGGCAACAAACUCGUUCUAUAGCUUCUCUUAAGAGGAAAUCACAGCUCAAGUUGUCAAAAUGGAGCGAUGUCAAAGCCACCGAAGAAGGCGACGAAGGAAAAAAAUUGCACUUUGUCAGCCCCGCACGAAGGAAAUCAGUUUUAGCACCGAUAUUAAAUAAAAUUAAAAGCGGCACUGAUGGUAGUGGCAAUACAUCCGAUACCGAAAGGAAAUCGAAUGGCACUGACAGUACGGGGCAUAUUAGCGUGCAGAUAGAACCGGCUAAAAGGGUGAAGCGUCACAGCAUACACGGCAUGAUGGAAGAGGAGAAUAUAAUCAGGCCACAUCAGGAAAUUCGUCAAUUGACGUUGGAGGAAAAGAAAUUCCUUUUGGCUGUGGAACGCGGUGACAUGGCAGGAACACGAAGGAUGUUGCAAAAAGCUCAGGACACUGACUAUAUAAAUAUCAACUGUGUGGAUCCAUUGGGUCGUACUGCUUUGCUCAUGGCUAUUGAUAAUGAAAAUUUAGAAAUGGUGGAAUUAUUAAUCAAUUAUAACGUGGACACUAAGGACGCUUUACUGCACUCAAUAUCAGAAGAAUUUGUGGAAGCCGUAGAAGUACUAUUGGAUCAUGAAAAUAUAACAUUUCAAAACGAGGGAAAUCAUAGUUGGGAAUCAUCGUCCGAAGACACCUCUACAUUUACGCCAGACGUAACCCCACUGAUCUUAGCUGCCCAUAGGGAUAAUUACGAAAUUAUAAAAAUUCUACUAGACCGAGGUGCAGUAUUACCAAUGCCUCAUGAUGUUCGUUGCGGGUGUGAUGAAUGUGUUCAGUCAAGACAAGAGGACUCUUUGCGUCAUUCUCGUUCCCGUAUUAAUGCUUAUCGGGCUUUGGCUAGUCCCAGCUUGAUUGCCUUAUCCUCAAAAGAUCCCAUUUUAACAGCAUUUGAACUAUCCUGGGAAUUGCGGCGUUUAAGCUUUUUGGAACACGAAUUUAAAAAUGAAUAUCAGGAAUUGCGUAAACAAUGUCAGGAUUUUGCCACCGCUCUGCUAGAUCAUACGCGCACCUCUCAUGAAUUAGAAAUUUUAUUAAAUCAUGAUCCUACCGGACCUGUGUACGAGCAUGGUGAACGUAUGCAUUUGAAUCGUUUAAAACUGGCCAUUAAAUUGCGUCAAAAGAAGUUUGUAGCCCAUCCUAAUGUCCAGCAGUUAUUGGCGAGUAUUUGGUAUGAAGGUUUGCCAGGCUUUCGUCGUAAGAAUAUGGCCUUGCAAGCCGUGGAUAUAAUACGCAUAGGAAUAAUGUUUCCCAUCUUCUCUUUGGCUUACAUAUUGGCGCCGUAUUCAAGCAUAGGACAAACAAUGCGUAAACCUUUUAUAAAAUUUAUAUGUCACAGUGCCUCUUAUUUUACCUUUUUAUUUUUAUUAAUGUUGGCUUCGCAACGAAUAGAAACAUUUAUAGGCGGCUGGUUUUGGAGUGAAACAAAAGCUGUCAUACAUCAUCAAGUGGAGGAAUUGCCCACGAAAAGAGGAGCCAAACCAACGUUUAUAGAAUGGCUUAUACUGGCUUGGGUUAGCGGCUUAAUUUGGAGUGAAGUGAAACAAUUAUGGGAUGUUGGUUUGCAAGAAUACCUUAACGAUAUGUGGAAUGUGAUUGAUUUUGUUACAAAUUCCUUGUAUGUGGCUACAGUGGCUUUACGUGUAGUAUCAUUUUUUCAGGUUCAAAAAGAAAUGAUAACUAAUCCGAAUGCAACCGAUCUACCGCGUGAGCGUUGGGACACUUGGGAUCCAAUGCUCAUAUCGGAAGGUCUAUUUAGUGCGGCCAACAUUUUCAGUAGCCUCAAAUUGGUUUAUAUAUUUUCCGUAAAUCCACAUUUGGGGCCACUGCAAGUGUCGCUCUCGCGCAUGGUCAUGGAUAUAAUGAAGUUCUUCUUUUUAUAUGUGUUAGUGCUUUUCGCUUUCGGCAGCGGCUUAAAUCAAUUGCUAUGGUAUUACGCGGAUUUAGAAAAGAAACGUUGUCCAGAAGUUUCCCCCACCAAUGUUUUAAUUAAUUUAAAUGGUACCACUGAUCCAAAUGCUUGCAUUGUAUGGCGACGAUUUUCCAAUCUUUUCGAGACAACACAAACUUUGUUUUGGGCCGUAUUUGGUCUUAUCGAUCUGGAUAGUUUCGAGUUGGACGGCAUCAAGAUAUUUACCCGUUUCUGGGGUAUGCUAAUGUUUGGCACCUACUCCGUUAUAAAUAUUGUUGUCCUACUAAAUUUACUAAUCGCUAUGAUGAAUCAUUCCUAUCAACUGAUAUCGGAACGGGCUGAUAUUGAAUGGAAAUUUGCUCGCUCUAAAUUAUGGAUUAGUUAUUUUGAAGAAGGUGGGACUUGUCCUCCACCUUUCAAUAUUAUACCCACACCGAAAUCGAUAUGGUACGCUUUUAAAUGGGCUCGACGUGUAUUCUGUAGCGGUUCGUCGGCAGCUAGGCGCGAACAUUUGAAGACAAUUAGACGUAAAGCACAGCAAGCAAAUGAUCGUGAUUUCAAAUACCAACAAAUUAUGAGAAAUUUGGUCAGACGCUAUGUGACUGUGGAGCAACGUAAAGCUGAAUCGCAAGGUGUCACUGAAGACGAUGUCAAUGAAAUUAAACAAGACAUAUCAGCAUUCCGUUGUGAAUUGGUGGAAAUACUAAAAAAUAGUGGAAUGGAUACUAAUGUAUCCGCGGGGCAGGCAGGAGGAGGUGGCGGUGGUAAAAAGAAUCGCCAGAAAGAAAGGCGCUUAAUGAAGGGUUUCAAUAUAGCACCUCCGGGUUCUACUGGCUCUUUAGCACCCGUUGCGGAAUUUUCCACAUCAUUGGAUAAUUUCGAGCAACAGCACGAAAUUUUAACAUCUACUCUAUCAACCCUAUUCACCCCGACAUUUAUGCACAAAAAACCCAGCUAUUGUGCUAGUGAUAGUUGCAACAGCAUGGAGUCACCUUCCGCUCUACCGCCUGCAACAUUAAUGCCUCCAAUGAAUACGGUACAGACUAUUAAUAAAUACAACAAGUCGGCAUUGAAACCAUACAAUAAACGUAUAGCGGGUCAUAAGAAAAAAUGGGGCACAUUGAUAGAAGCAGCCAAAGUUGGGAACGUAACAAAAAUGUUAGGACGUUCAAAAUCCGAAGAUUCUGUUUGUAAUUCUUCACAAAACUCAUCACCUGUCCAUGGACAAGUACGAGUAACGUAUUCACAAAAUUGCGGACAAAAUUAUUACAACAGUGGUAGUGGUGGCGAAGCGAAUCUCUCUAAUUCAUCUUACAAUAAAGACUAUUUAAGUACAAAGCAAACUGGCAGUCAUCUAAGCCACGCAUUACAUGGUAUUGGCGGCGGUGGAGGAACACAUUUUUUUCACGCUACUACUGGUCUUACCGCUAUUGCUGCAUUGAAAAAGAAACGUAAAAAGUUUUCUUCAAGUAAAAACAUUUGUCCGGUUAACGAAUCCAUAUCGACUGCGAAUGGAGUGGAUCUUUUAAGCGAUAAGGCUUUAAAGCGAGUCUCUAGUUAUCCAGCAUCGACAAAUGAUGCCAAUGCUCAAAAUAAAGAUCCAGCUAUUGGGGCCAAGCCACGACGUCACGAACAAACACAAAGCCAACAUGAUUCGGUGGAAACGUCUGCAGAAUUUACACUGUCCAGUGAAAUACAGCAUUUGGACCCGUCCAAUACAUCGGUCAAUUCACGUGAACCACUGAUAAGUAAUAGUUGCGCCUCCAACGGUGUUAUGAGCUAAAUAAUGCGAACAUAAAAAAAGCAAACAAACAGAAAGGAAUAUUUUAUGCGUAUAAACACACACACAUGUACACACCUACAUAUCACACUCAGUAAAUAAAUGAAAAAAUAAGAGGUUUUUCAAUUAAUCCGCCAAGAAUAUUCAGAAACAAUGCUGCCAUUUUGGACCACUGCCUUAUAUCCUAAAAAUCUGACAACAAAAUAAUGAUGAGAAGUGAAGAAGCAUAUGAAAAAAAAGAAAAAAAGUAGAAAAUAAUUUAAACAAUUAAUCAUAUUUAUUAUCAUGCAUAGAAUAACGAACUAAAUGAAACAAUCGAUGCACUUGCCGUGCAUUCCACCCAGCAAAGCGCAAAAAAGCAU